CUCUCUCUUUUUCCUAUUUGGAUUCAAAAACUCCAACAAAAUUACUUCUCUUUUCCUUUUCCUCAUGGAUUUGUAUUACCUUCAACAAUGGAGAAAACAUUAUUACAAGGAAAACUUAUACACUAAGGAGAACCCAAAAAACCUCUAUAAAUUUAGUAAAAUCAAUACUAUUUCACAUUCUUUAGCAAUUUUUGAAAAUCACUUUUUUUUUUGAGUUCUUGAUUAUUCUUGUUAACAUGAUCACCAUGCCUAUAAAGCAAGAACUCAUUGAUUUAGCUGAACCCCAAAUCACUACAAACACAACUAUGCAUAAUAUGGUUCCAGUAAAUAAUAAUGGUUUUGAUGAUUUUCAAGAAAGUCCUAUGAAAAAAAUUAAACUUGAAAAUCCUGUUUUUAUUGCUCCUUUGUCAAUUUGUCCAUCUUAUAGUAAUGAAUUGGUUGUAGCUUCCCCUGUUAGUGUUACUAGUUGUAAGCAAUUCUGGAAAGCUGGAGAUUAUGAAGGUAAAAGGGAGGGUAAUGGGGUUUUUUUCUCUGGGGCAUAUGAUCAAACAGUUGGUAUGGAUCAUGUAAGAGUUCAUCCUAAGUUCUUGCAUUCGAAUGCUACUAGUCAUAAGUGGGCAUUGGGUGCUUUUGCUGAGCUUUUGGAUAAUGCAAUGGAUGAGGUUUGUAAUGGUGCUACGUAUGUUAGCGUAGACGUGAUGGAUAACAAGAAAGAUAAAGGGAGUAAGAUGUUGUUAGUUGAAGAUAAUGGUGGUGGAAUGACACCUGAUAGGAUGAGGCAAUGUAUGUCUCUUGGGUAUUCAGCGAAAAGUAAGUUAGCAAACACGAUAGGUCAAUAUGGAAACGGUUUCAAGACGAGUAGUAUGAGGCUAGGGGGUGAUGUGAUUGUGUUUUCGCGGGGGAGAGAUAGAGCAACGAACAUGUUGACACAGAGUGUUGGAAUGUUGUCGUAUACGUUUUUGAGAAGUACUGGGAAAGAAGAUAUUGUUGUUCCUAUGAUUGAUUUUGUUAAGAGGGGAGGAACGUGGGAGAUGUUGGUUCGGUCUUCAGCUGAUGUUUGGAAAAGGAAUUCAGAGACUAUAGUGCAAUGGUCUCCUUAUGAGAGUGCAAAUGAUCUAUUCCAGCAGUUUGAAUUAUUGAAAGGUGAUCAAGGGACGCGAAUUAUCAUAUACAAUCUUUGGGAGGACGAAGAAGGAGGCACGGAGCUUGAUUUUGAUACUGAUCCACAUGACAUUCAAAUCAGGGGUGUUAGUCGAGAUGAAAAGAAGAUUGAAAUGGCGAAAGAAUAUCCUAACUCGAGGCACUUUCUAACUUAUCAGCAUUCUUUAAGGAGUUAUGCUUCGAUUUUGUAUUUGAGGCUUGCUCCUGGAUUUCGGAUAAUUUUGAGGGGGAAAGAUGUUGAACAUCAUAAUUUGGUAAAUGACAUGAUGUUUUCUGAGGAGAUCACAUACAGACCACAAUCCGUUGGUUACGAAUCGUUUGUGGCUACAGGAACUAUUGGUUUUGUGAAAGAUGCAAAACAUCAUAUUGAUAUUCAAGGUUUCAAUGUUUAUCACAAGAAUAGGCUUAUUAAGCCUUUCUGGAGGGUCUGGAAUGCUGCGGGAAGUGAUGGUCGCGGUGUGAUAGGCGUCUUAGAGGCUAAUUUUGUGGAACCAGCUCAUGAUAAACAGGGGUUUGAGCGCACAAUUGUCCUUGCCAGACUCGAGGCACGCCUACAAUUUAUACAGAAGAAGUAUUGGUCUUCAAACUGCCAUUUCAUUGGUUAUGCUAAGCGCCGCAAUGUAAAGAACACUGCUGUCUCUCCAGAUCAGGAACAACCAAACGCCGGGCACACAACCUGUAAUGAUGAUGGAUCUAAUUUGAAAUCGUCCAGAGUAGAACGCGAGAGGGGACCAGUUCAUUCUUCAAUAAAGGACAGUCCGGUGCAUGAAACAUCCCAGGUGUAUGUAGGGUCCAGGAAAGUGACCCAGCCAGUUCAGUUAUCAGUACAAGCAAAUCAAAAUCCAUUUAUCUCCAACGUCAGCCGCAGAACGUGUCAUGAUGAUACAUCUAAAUCAAAACCCACUGUAGGAGAACACGAGAAAACGGUACAAGUUCAUUCUUCAGUACAAGAAAGAAAUCAAACUAUGUCUGGAGAUCAAACUCAGCAAGUGUGUAGACUGAAUAGGCAACCUGAUGAAACGCAAGAAAACGCUUCUGUACCUGAAAGAAAAUCAGGUUACCCAUUUAUCUCCAACUCCGGCUACACAACAUGUCAUUAUGAUACAUCUAAAUCAAAAUCCAUUGAACACGAGAACACGGUACCAGUUCAUUCUUCAGUACAAGAAAGAAAUCAAACUAUGGUUGGAGAUCAAACUCAGCAAGCGUCAAAAUCAACUAGGCAAACUCUGGGAAAUUCAGUUGUGAAGAUGGAAGAUACUAUGCCCGAUGACAUGAGAGUAGAGAGUAGUAGUACUAAGAAUAGUUUACAACAGGUUUUGCAUCGUUUGCAGCAGGAAAGAGCCAGGAGUGAGAGUCUAGCUCGCAUGCUUUUAGAAGUAAAAGCACGAGCGGCUAAGGAAGAACAGAGUAUAAGGCAGCAAGAGAGAGCAAGGAGUGAGACUCUAGCUCGCAUGCUUAUAGAAGAAAGAGCAAGGGCAGCUAAGGAAGAACAGAGUUUAAGGAGCAAAUUAAAGGAUGCUUCUGUUAUCACACAAGAUCUGCUCAACAAAGUGAGGCUGCUAGAAAGUAGCAGGAUGAUUGUUUCCUGCAAAAGUGAGCGUUAACGUUGAGAAGUGACACAAAAUAUGCAGCUAAGGAACAACCGAUGCACACUUCAAAGAUCUGGCUAUAGCAAAUCCAUUCAAUAUCAACAUAUACCUUAGAUUUACUUUUUCUAUUUUUCCUAUGGAUGUAGUUGCUUCUCUUGGCAACAGUUCUGUUUGAUUUUCUCAGUUUUGGAUUAUCAAUACAAAUAUAUAUUCACAACUCAAAUUCCAGAUGACAUGUUCAUUAAA